AUGGAAGACGGUCACAAAGUCGUCAAAAUCAUGUCCGCGACCUCAUUUGCUUCGGAAAUUAUGCUGGUUCUCAUGGGAUUAAGUGGAAUAGCAGUCGUCGGUGUUCAUAUUGGGUAUUUUUCGACUUUACCGUAUUUACUCAUUGGUCUCGGUUUGUUCUUUGGUUCAUUCGCAACAGUUUUCUGUAUGCUUGGAAUUUAUGUCCUUCUUUAUCAAGACUAUCGUCAAUUGAAAGUCUUAACUACGUUCCUAACGAUCUUUCUUGGCCUUCAAUUAGCCUCAAUUAUUCAUUUAUACGUCUUUACUAAUAAUAUGAAUUCAACCGAGCAAAACCAAGGUUCAAUCAUAUCAUUAGAUGUUUGCUUUGGAUCAAGUGCAUGUGCUUUAGUGGCGCUUAUCCUUCAUUUGAAGCAAAAAGGAUCAACAAUCGAAAUGGUCAAAUUGUAA